AUGAGAACCAAAAACGCCUCCUUCAUCUCCGAUAUCGAAGACAACGUCCUCCAAGUGAUGGACUCUUGGAAGACCAAAAAGACUUUGGUUUUCUGCGAGGAAACCCGGAAGUUUACGUUCCGUGUGAUCGUAAAACAAAUUCUGAGCUUAAGACCGGAAGAUCCUGAGACUCCAGAAAUCCUCAAUAAUUUUACGGCAUUUAUGAGAGGUUUGGUUUCUGUCCCGAUCAAUCUCCCGGGGACACCAUAUGCCAAGGCCAUACAAGCCAAAUGGCGGAUACGGGAAAUCGUGAGGAACAUUUGGCAUCGGCGAGAGAGUGGAGAACAGCAGGUCAAAGGGAGGAUGGACUUCCUUGAUGUAUUGAUAGAUGGUAAUAGGAUUCCGGAGGAAGAGGUGCUUAGUUUGGUGCUCGAUCUUCUACUUGGAGGAUAUGAGACUACUGCUAUGCUGAUUGCUAUUAUUGUGAGGUUUCUCAGCGUCAACCCAAAGAUGCUGGGUGAUCUCAAGGAAGAACAUCUCAUGGUGAGAAGAAGCAAAGGUGAGAAUGAGCCUAUGGAAUGGGAUGAUUACAACAAAAUGGAAUUUACUCGGUGCCUCAUCAACGAAGCGCUUCGAUUAGGGAAUGUGGUGAAAUUUGUACACCGCAAAGCUGUCAAACCUAUUCAAUUUAAAGGUGAGAUAUGA